AUGCAGGAUCUGUUUCUUCCCUCACACACUCGAAGAGAAAAAGGAGAGAAAGAAAGAAGCGGGUCUGUCUGUGGCGGAGGGGUUUUACGGAGCAGCAGGAGGAGGAAGAGGAGGAAGAGGAGUUGGGAUGUCCUGAGUCAGUCCACCGGUCCCAGGGAGCAGUUCGCUGAUGGGACCUGCUGCGCCGCCAUGAGCUUACAAGAUGGCGGCUGCAACUAUGCCGGCAGCGCCAAUUUGGCCUCCAUUACCGGCAGCAUGCGGCGGCGCCUGGAGGACCAGGAGUUCAGCCUGCGGGUCUACCCGGGCUCCCUGGCCGAGGGCACCAUCUACUGCCCCGUCGGCGCCCGCAAGAACACCACCGCCGCCGAAGCCAUCGAGGGCCUCAUCGAGAGGCUGCGCCUGGACCGCACCAAGUGCUACGUGCUGGCCGAGGUGAAGGAGUUCGGAGGGGAGGAGUGGAUCCUCAACCCCAGCGACUGCCCCGUUCAGCGCAUGAUGCUGUGGCCGAGGAGCGCCCUGGAGAACCGCGCUGGCCUGGGCAGCGGCGAGGACUACCGCUUCUUGCUGCGGGAGAAGAACCUGGACGGGUCCAUCCACUACGGCGGCAGCUUGCAGAUGUGGCUGCGGGUGACCGAGGAGCGCCGAUGCAUGGUGGAGCGAGGUUUCCUCCCUCAGCCCGCGGGGAGCGACCCUCCCUCCGAUCUCUGCGCGCUUCCGGAGUUGACGGAGCGAGCCCUUCUGGAAAGCCUCCGCGCACGCUUCCGACAGGAGAAGAUCUACACGUACAUCGGGAGCAUUCUCAUCGUGGUCAACCCCUUCCAGUUCUUGCCAAUCUACAAUCCCAAAUACGUCAAACUCUACGACAACCACACGCUGGGAAAGCUGGAGCCUCACAUUUACGCCGUGGCGGACGUGGCGUAUCACGCCAUGCUGCAGCGGCGGAAAAACCAGUGCAUCGUCAUUUCCGGGGAGAGCGGAUCGGGAAAGACCCAGAGCACCAAUUUCCUCAUCCAUCACCUGACUGCUCUCAGCCAAAAGGGCUUCGCCAGUGGGGUGGAGCAGAUCAUCCUGGGAGCUGGACCAGUGUUGGAGGCCUUCGGGAACGCCAAGACGGCGCACAACAACAACUCCAGCCGCUUCGGGAAGUUCAUCAAGGUCAACUAUCAGGAAAGCGGCACCGUCAGGGGAGCAUAUGUAGAGAAGUAUCUGCUGGAGAAAUCCCGUCUAGUGUACCAGGAGCACAAUGAGAGGAACUACCAUGUGUUUUACUACCUGUUGGCCGGAGCCAGUGAAGAGGAGAGGACAGCUUUCCACCUGCUCAGACCUGAGGAGUACCACUACCUCAACCAGAUGACAAAGAAAUCGCACAAACACCACUGGGACAAUUACUAUGAAAGUGAGCUGCAGGACUGCUUCACAGUAGAAGGAGAGGACCUGAAACAUGACUUUGAGCGGCUGCAGCUGGCCAUGGAGAUGGUCGGCUUCCUACCCACCACACGAAAACAGAUUUUCUCCCUGCUGUCGGCCAUCCUUCACCUGGGAAACAUCCGCUACAAGAAGAAGACCUACAGGGAUGAUUCCAUCGACAUCUGUAACCCAGAGGUCCUGCCCAUCGUCUCCGAGCUGCUGGAGGUGAAGGAGGAGAUGCUGCUCGAAGCCCUGACAACCAGGAAGACGGUGACUGUGGGAGAGAAGCUCAUCGUGCCCUACAAACUUGCAGAGGCGGGCACAGUGAGGGACUCGAUGGCCAAGUCGUUGUACAGCGCACUGUUCGACUGGAUUGUGUUCAGGACCAACCACGCCCUGCUCAACAACAAAGACUUGGAGGACAAUUCAAAGAUCCUGUCUAUAGGAGUCCUGGAUAUCUUCGGGUUUGAGGACUAUGAGAACAACAGCUUUGAACAAUUCUGCAUCAAUUUUGCCAACGAAAGGCUCCAGCACUACUUCAACCAGCACAUCUUUAAACUGGAACAGGAGGAGUACAGGGCGGAGGGCAUCACCUGGCACAACAUCGAUUACAUCGACAACAGCGGCUGCCUCAACCUCAUCAGCAAGAAACCCACAGCCCUGUUCCACCUGCUGGAUGAGGAGUGCAAUUUCCCCCAAGCUUCCAAUCAGACCUUGCUGGACAAGUUCAAGCGUCAGCAUGAAGGAAACAGCUACAUCGAGUUCCCCGCCGUCAUGGAACCUGCCUUCAUCAUCAGACACUACGCCGGAAAAGUCAAGUAUGGGGUCAAGGACUUCAGGGAGAAGAACACGGACCACAUGCGUCCUGACAUUGUUGCCUUGCUUAAGAGCAGUAAAAACGCCUUUAUCUGUGGCCUGAUGGGAAUCGAUCCUGUGGCAACGUUCCGCUGGGCCGUCCUGAGGGCUUACUUUAGAGCCCACGUAGCUUUCAGGGAGGCCGGCCACAGACACACUCAUAAAAGAAAAGGGAAUGACACAACAGGUCCAAGUGCUGUCGUAAAAACUGUUGACAAUUUUAGUUUCCUUCACCACCCUGUUCACCAGAGGAGCCUUGAGAUCCUUCAAAGAUGUAAAGAUGAAAAAUACAAUAUCACCAGAAAGAAUCCACGGACACCUUUGUCAGAUCUUCAGGGCACCAACGCCCUCAACGAAAAGGCCAGCUGGGAUGGCUAUGGCGUUGGAUGUAAUGGUCGCAGCUCCAGAUCAGGUCGCAUCUCUUCAUUGGGCCCCGCCCUAGAAGAAGAUGGGAUCUUCCUCAACUCGGCCAACAGCAAGCUGCUUGAGAGAGCUCAGGGUAUCCUACUGAGAAACAAAAACUGCAAAGCUAAACCGACCCUUCCCAAGCACCUGUUGGACGUGAAGUCGCUGCGCUACCUGAGCAGCGUGACGCUCCAUGACCGCAUCACCAAGUCUUUGCUUCACCUGCACAAGAAGAAGAAGCCGCCCAGCAUCAGUGCUCAGUUCCAGGCUUCGCUCAAUAAGCUAAUGGAGACCCUCGACCAGUCGGAGCCCUAUUUUGUCAAGUGCAUUCGCUCAAAUGCUGAAAAGCUGCCACUGCGUUUCAACGACAGCCUGGUGCUGAGACAGCUGAGGUACACAGGAAUGUUGGAAACCGUCCGGAUUCGGCAGUCGGGAUACAGCAUUAAGUACACUUUCCAGGACUUUGUGAGUCACUUUCAUGUGUUGCUGCCUCGGGGCACAAGUCCAACAAAGUCGGGGAUCAGGGAAUUCUUCAGACGGAUCCACCUGCCGCCCGCAGGAUAUCAAGUGGGCAACACGAUGGUGUUCUUGCGGGAGGUGGAGCGUCAGCGUCUGCAGACCCUCCUUCAUCAGGAAGUAUUGCGGCGAAUCGUCAUGCUGCAGCGGCGCUUCAGGGCGGUUCUGGAAAGGAUGCACUUUGUCAGCAUGCGACGGGCCGCCUGCACCAUCCAGCGAUGGUGGCGACACAGCCUCCUAAAGCAAUCCGCGGUCGAUUUGAGGGUGGAGGAGAAGGCGACCGUGUGUCUGCAGGCUGCGUGGAGGGGCUACCGGCAGCGCAGGAGCUUCCUGCAGCAGCGGGCCUCCGCCAUCGUCCUACAAAGGAGCUGGAGGAGCUGCUGCCGUCGCAGAUGUGCGGCGGCUACGACCGUUCAGACGGCCUGGCGAGGGUUCAGGGACAGGAGCCACUACUGCAGAAUGCAAAGGAUAGUCACACAGUUCCAGGCUGUCAGCAGAGGGCACCUGGCCCGACUCAGGUAUGAAGACCUAAAGCAACAGCCCGAGAAACUCGGGAGACAACUCCACCCGCUCCAUCCACCGGCAGUGGUGGACACAGGUACUUUAGAGGACUUUGCCUCACCAGGACACAGAGGCUAUGUCGAUUCAGAGCCUUCUACUGAGUCAGAGCAGUUUUUGCUUGAUGGGACCGAUACGCAGCGAGAGGAGGACUCGGAGCGGAGCAGGGGCGCGGACAAAUAUAGCCACAAAAACCGAUCGAAACGAGAGAGCAGGAGAAUGAGAGAGAUGGAGCAGGCCCAGUUCAGCUUGGAGCUUCUCAAAGUCCGAACUACCAGCAUGGGGGGUCCGCUCGCAGAGGACGGGAUGGCGAGCGGCGGCGCUGUUCAGGGAGAUGAGCACCGACAUUCACCACAUGGAUCCCCAGCUAGUCAGGGCAGCUUUGAGCUGCUCAGCGUGGAAGACAUGGAGACGGAGGGCUCGACUGCAACUGAAGGACAACCCCAAACUGUGGAUAUUCUCAGAGAUUCUAACCACAAUGAGAAGCCUCUGAUGAAGCCGCUGAGCAAGGCGGACGGGCCGAGAGCUAUGUUUUUUAUUGCCUCGGACCAAAGCCCGGUUCAUGAACCGAAACUCAAAAGCCCCGCAAAAUCGCAGAAAGACAGGAGAGACUCCACCUCUCGGCGGCCUGUGGUGGUGUUGAUCAGUAUGCAGAAGGAGAGUCCUGUGGAUGAGGGAGAGCUGCUGGGAGCCCAAACCCUGGAGGGAGCUUCUCAAGUAGAAGUAGGGGGCUCAAAAAUGGCCCCUAUCGAGGGCUCGGAGUUGGAAUCACACAAGGAAGAACCUUACACAAAUUCCACCCAGGCCAAGAGGGACACAUUUGGCGUGGAUAGGUCUUCUAAGUUUUCACCUCAAGCCACGUGUGGAGAGAACCCACAGGAUCCGGGAGUUUUUGUCCCUCCAGUGGACAUUCAGAUUGCCCAGCCGCCCAAGUCAAGUGUUCCCACUGUUCCCAGUGCUGCUCCCAGUCAACAGGAAAAGGGGACGAUCCGGCCCGCUCAGGAUGCACCCAGCGCAAUCCUGGAGACCAAACCGCCAAAAGCUCAGAAGAAAAGCUCCACCCAGACUGUGAUUGUGAACAUGGUGGAGAAGCCCUCCAACUCUGUCUUUUCCCCGCCCAGACGCAAGCUGCCAUUCUCCAAGUCAGACAAGGAUUUGGUGAACCAGGAGAGAUCGCUGUCUCUCUCAAUGUACAGAGAUGACUCCAAAUCUGCUGGAUCCAGAAACAAAGAGGUGGGCCGCCCCGGCCCCAAAAAGAAAGCUCGAAUGUCCCGGACGCGCUCCGACUUCCUCACCCGCUGUAACUCUGAAGGGGCCACCCAGUCAGAUGAUGACGAUGAAUACUACAUCCCUGCUCACUCCUGCACGCUGCCCCCCUCCUUGUCUCCCCCACGUGCCCACCCUGAGGCCGACUGUCACAGUGACUCCGAGAUGUCAUCUCACAAAGACCAGAAAAAGAUUCAUAAGACCAUGUCAUCUGGAGAUCUUGGCAAAGUGGAAGUCCUCAGGAAAACCAGCAGUCAAGAUGGAGGCAGGAUGAGAGGGAAGAUGCGAUUCUGGAGUAAGACGAAACACGGUGAGAAAAAACUUUCAAGAGAGAAGCAGGCCAGUAGGGGCGAGGCUGGAGAGACACACGAGGGAUUAUCUCCUCCUCACAGUCCAGAUUUGGAGGCGGCUACUCCUCGUGGGGUUCUGGAUAGCAAAGAGAACAAGGAGCUUUCUCCCAAAAUGAGGCGGCGCCGCAGCGUGAAGAUCAGCAGCAUCACUCUGGAACCUGCCCAGUGGCAGAACGACUCUCUGCACAUCCUCUCAUCAGCCCACGACUACCGCAGCAUGAACGACUUCCUCAUGAAGAAGAUUGCCGACCUGGAUUCUGAAGACAGUAAAAAGGACACCAUGGUAGAUGUUGUCUUUAAGAAAGCGCUGAAGGAGUUCCGAAUCAACAUUUUUAACUCGUACUCCACUGCCCUGGCUAUGGAUGAUGGGAAGAGUAUCCGUUACAAGGACCUGUACGCGCUGUUUGAGCACAUUCUGGAGAAGACCAUGCGCCUGGAGCAGAGAGACUGGAGCGAGUCACCCGUGAAAGUUUGGGUCAACACCUUCAAGGUCUUUCUGGAUGAGUUCAUGACGGAAUACAAACCCAUGGAGGGAACCAUAGGCAGGGCUCCCAAACGUGAGCGCAAGAAGUCGAGGAAGAAAGAAACUGACAUUGUGGAGGAACACAACGGCCACAUCUUCAAGGCCACCCAGUACAGCAUCCCAACCUAUUGCGAGUACUGCUCCUCCCUCAUCUGGAUGAUGGACCGAGCCUGCGUCUGUAAAUUGUGUCGCUACGCCUGCCACAGGAAGUGCUGCUCCAAAAUGACGACCAAGUGCAGCAAAAAGUACGACCCGGAGCUGUCGUCGAGGCAGUUUGGCGUGGAGUUGUCCCGUCUGACGAGCGAGGAGCGCACAGUACCCCAGCUGGUCGAGAAACUCAUCAACUACAUCGAGAUGCACGGCCUGUACACGGAGGGCAUCUACAGGAAGUCGGGCUCCACCAAUAAGAUCAAAGAACUCCGACAGGGGCUCGACACAGAUGUGAACAGUGUGAGCUUGGAUGACUACAACAUCCACGUCAUUGCCAGUGUGCUCAAACAGUGGCUUCGGGACCUCCCCAGCCCUCUCAUGACCUUUGAACUUUACGAGGAAUUCCUCAGAGCCAUGGGUCAACCUGACAAAAGGGAGGUGAUCCGAGGAGUGUAUUCAGUGAUUGAUCAGCUCAGUAGGACACACCUCAGCACGCUGGAGCGCCUCAUCUUCCAUCUGGUCAGGAUUGCCCUACAGGAAGAGACGAACAGGAUGUCUGCCAACGCCCUCGCUAUUGUGUUUGCUCCCUGCAUCCUCCGCUGCCCCGACACCAUCGACCCGCUGCAGAGCGUCCAAGACAUCAGCAAAACCACAGCCUGUGUGGAGCUGAUCAUCAACGAGCAGAUGAGCAAGUACAAAGCUCGCCUAAAGGACAUCAGCAGUCUGGAAUUUGCAGAGAGCAAAGCCAAGAGCAGAUUGACCCACAUCAGGAGGUCUAUGAACAAGAGCCGUCUCCGGCAAAGCAGCACGCACGCGGCCUCGCCCCCUUUGAGCCCCAAAGCGCCGCCUGUGGUCGAUGGAGAAGCGGCAGGAGGAGGAGAAGGAGGAGGAGGAGGAGGAGGGGGUGGGGGUGCAGAGGGAGCAGAAGAUGUGGCAGAGGGUGGGCUGAACGAACAGCAGCAACUGGCCAUGCAGCAGGAGGAGCGAAUCCUCACCGAGCAGAUCGAGAGUCUGCAGAAAGAGAAGGAGGAGCUGACGUUUGAGAUGUUGAUCUUGGAGCCACGCGUGUCCGACGAUGACACUCCCGAAUCUGAGGCCUCGAUUGGCACAGCAGACAGCUCGGAGAACAUCACCAUGGAGACGGAAGGGGCCUCGUCCGACCCCUCUGAGCGUGGCACAUACAGGUCCAGGAAGUCGGACGUAAAGAGCAGAAGAGUUCUGCGGCGCCAGCCCGACUCCCAGGACUCUGCGGACUCCAUCUCCACCAUCUCCUCCUCGACUUAUCAUCCCUCGUCCUCUCUCUCUUCCAACGCAUCUGGCUCCCCGUCGCCUCACUACCGUUUCCGCUCCUCCUCCUCGGGGCCCCUGCUUACAUCCUGCGGCUUGGGGGCCCCGCUGGCGGAGGCAGAGGAGGGCGGCAGAACGGGGAAGACGCGCCUCAGGCUGAGGCUGAGCCGCAGCUCGCCGCGCGACUCCUCGGGGAGCCAUCGGAGGGAAUCGGACUUCAGCUCGGGCCCCCAGCAGCUGGUUCUGUAUGGCAGCAACGAGUUCAUGGUGUGA